AUGACGAUCGCCGCCCAGCCCGGACCUCCAAGCCCGCUCCAGCCCCCUGUGCAGGGAUCGUCGUCCGCCGGGCUGUCUGAGACCACGCCGCUGUUGGCGCCUGCCCACGGCACAGACCACUCGCCAUUCUCGAAACGGUCUCUUGCCCACUGGACAAACAAUAUCCGCGACUUGAGGUUCCCCCGUAUCUUCCGCUCCAAAAACGUCCAGCCCCACACAACAGAAAUAUACUAUUCCGUCUUCCGCGCCCCACCAGAUAUCCACCCUCUCGCCAAGCUGCCCCCUGCCGGGUUCCUGGAUUCAGGGCCCACCACGAAGCAGGACUUCGAACGGAUCGUCGCGAGUGGCGCGGCCGCCAUUGAGCUUGGCAUCAAGCCGCGGCUGAUCUCGUCAGGCUCGUCAGGCUCGUACUAUGUGUACAACGCCAAUUACGAGCCGAUUGGCGUGUUCAAGCCCCAGGACGAGGAGCCGUACGGGCCCCUGUCGCCGAAAAUGACCAAAUGGAUCCACAGAAACUUCUUCCCGUGCUUUUUUGGCCGCUCGUGUCUGAUUCCCAACACGGGCUACAUCGCCGAGAGCGCUACCAGUCUACUGGACCGCCAACUCCAGACCCACAUCGUCCCUUACACAGAUAUCGUGACACUCUCGUCAGACAGCUUCUACUAUCCCUUCUACGAGAAAAUCGGCUACAUGCUGCGCAAGAAGAAGCCCAGACACAAGGUCGGCUCGUUCCAGCUGUAUCUGGACGGCUACGUGGGGGCAGACGAAUUUUUCAGAAGACAUCCGCUGCCGCAUCAGGGUCCGGCACAAACAGCCACCACCCAGACCAACGGAGCGUUCGAAUGGACCGCAGACACGCUUUCGCAACUACAGCGGGAGAUCGAAAAACUUGUCAUUCUCGACUUUAUCGUCAGAAACACCGACCGUGGCCUUGACAACUGGAUGCUCAAGAUAGAGCACGAGAACGGCCGCGCGCGACUCCGGCUCGGCGCUAUCGACAACGGGCUGUCGCUGCCGUGGAAACAUCCAAACGAGUGGCGGUCGUUCCCCUUUGGGUGGCUAUUUCUUCCGAUCUCCAUUAUUGGCCAGCCGUUUUCUGUGCAGACCAGAAACCAUUUUCUGCCCCUGCUGACUUCGAAAGCGUGGUGGGAGGACACGAGCGUUCUGUUGCGCGAGAUGUUGAGCCGCGACCCGGGCUUCAAAGAGCGCAUGUUUCGCAAACAACUGGCUGUCCUGAAGGGACAGGCCUGGAACGUGGUGCAGACGUUGCUGGUGCCUGGCCAGAGCCCACUGGACCUGGCACGCAAGCCGCGCAUGCUGGUGGAGGACUCUGAGAUCGAGGUGCCGUUCACCAAUCCUAUCCCGAUGAUUGUGAACGCGAUGGAGUCCUCGAUCACCGACAACUCCAUUCCCGUCGGCAAAGACCUGCAGAACAACUGGAACUCGUAUUUGUCCGGCAAGAUCGACGAGUCCAAGUGGGAGGAGGGCAACACCAGCAUCCUGGACCAGGGCAUCCAGCUGGUUAGCGUGGGGACGAAAACGGUGAUUGUGGAGCGGUUGCAGCCGGUGACUUCCCGACCACCGGUUUUUACAUGUUGUUGA